AUGGCCAAACCAAUCUAUGAAAAGCGAAGUUUACCUGGGAAAGGUAUAGGCCUUGUUGCGACCCAAUAUAUUCCCAAUGGCACUCGAAUUCUUUCCGAAUCGCCACUCAUUACAGGAUUCGAUGGAGUACCAAUAAAAGUACUCGGAAAUUGCAUCACGGAACAGUUUAAUAAUCUUGAUAAACACCAGCAGCAGGAGUUCCUCUCGUUGCACAACAUACGCCUGUACAGCAAUACACUUCAGCAAUACUGUGGUAUUUAUUCCACAAAUGCUAUCCCUUUGCAUGAACCCAGCAGUGCAGACGAACUUCUACAUCACUCCUACAAAGGCGGGGUCUUCCUUAACGCAUGUCGUAUCAAUCACUCCUGUCGCGAAAACGCCGUUGUGAACUGGAACGAUAAUAUCAAACGACUCACCGUCACCGCUUCGAAAGACAUUUCCAAAGAUGAGGAGAUCACGAUCUACUACAUUGAGCUUAGAAACCAUCGCAAAGCUCGACGUGCGAUACUCCUGAAGGAUUUCAAGUUUGAAUGUGAAUGCAGUCUCUGCUCCUUACCCCCAAAGCAGCGCAAGGACAGCGAUAGGCAAUUAAAUGAAAUCAUCAAGUUGAUGAGUCUUGCUCAAGGUCGUCAUGCUGAAACUAAAUGGUCAAAUCCACAACGAACACUCCACGAAUUCGAUCAAGCCAUUCGCCUUUUCAAUGAGCAGGGAAUAGGCGAUAUUGCAAAGGUGAGACUCUUCAUCCAGGCCGCUCAGCUUUCUAUCUCCUAUUGUGACUUGGCAAGAGGAAAGAUCUUUGCGGAGAGAGCGAGAUCUGAAUGGAUCAGAGUCUUUGGCAGUGACUGCACGGAAUUACACAGAUGGGGACAUUUGGCAGAGGAUCCUUCCAAGUACGAAUAUUAUGGGCGUUCAUCAGCCUGGAGAUCAGCGAUUAAUGCGGUUCCCCCUGGCCUUGACAAUGAAGAAUUCGAAGACUGGCUCUGGAAGAGAGAAAAACUAGAUCGACUGCAACUAAUUGCCAACUUUCGAGAGCGCACCACUUUCACUUCAAUUCGUGGCUUGCCCCUCCCAGACAAUGACGACUACUACGACAGUAAUGAAAUUGGUAAUCGCCGAGCACGAUUUCAUUGGUGUUUCUUCGGCAAGAUCACCCAUUUUACCAAGUUUGGUGAUUCAGCAAUGGCACUUGAAGAUAUUGAUGGUGCGGAAGUCAAGCUUGUAUUCAAUACCGAGGAAAAAGGAAGAGAACUGCCUGCUGAAUUAGUUCGAAUCGGAUAUACAAUUGCAAUCAUCAACGCGUCAAGUCACAAUUUUAUCGAUGAUGAGGGUAAUAAUGUUCAGAUUGGCAUACUUCAUGAUGAUGAAUUGUUACUGAAGAUCUUCCCAAUUUCAAUUCAAAAUUUAUUCGCGUUGAACAACCGAGUUCAAAAGUUUUCGAAAGAGCUUGAUGGUAUCAGAACAUGCCAUGGAUGUGGCUUGCAAGGUGGCUGGAUGGAAGGAAAAGGAGCACAAGGCUGA